UUUUGAUUUUCUAGUCUUUUGAGUUUUGCGGCUCUUUCAGUUCUCUCCCUCGCCAUUCGAUCCUCUUUGCUGUGUUCUCUUCCUCUCGUCCAUCGUCGCCAGUAGAAGCAAGUCGCCCGUUCGCCACCGCCGUUUGCCGUAUUCCGUCGCCUCCGUCCGUGCUGCCGUCUGCCGUCUUCCAUCGCCGGCUGUCGCUGCUGUCUUUCGCCGUCGCCGGCCCGCCCUAGAGAGGUUUGAACGUCCUCCUGUUCCCAGGCCCCACUGUGGAAAUAGGGCCAGUAGGGUCUGGGCACUAAUCAUGGGAGUAGAACUGGCAAACGGCCAAGCUCAAUUCCAGGAUAUGGAGGAUGUUAAUUUCACAGAUGCACAGUUACUCGAUUACAUGAAGGGGACGCUUAGUUCAGUGUCACUGGGCAACAGUGAUAGAUAUAACCAGCUUGUUAGUGUUAUACACCAUAGAUCUCACCUAGCCCCCGAUGAGGUUGCCCUGCUUGUGACUAGUUUAAAGGUACUAUCUGGAGCAGUUUCAUAUAUAGACAUUGUUCUCCACGAGUCUCUUCUUGCAGCAAUUUUUAAAAUGAACUUGUGGGAUUAUGGACCUGAUGUGAUGGACGCCUUGAUUGAACUAAUAAUAUCUCUGGCCGUUUCAAGUGGAAAAUAUGUGGACUCAUGCUUGGAUAUGCUUGUAAAUAAUUUCAUGCCACCCAAUUCCUUUGUGGAUUUUCUGAAGCAACCACGUGGACUUACGAAAAAGGAUGAAGUUCUUUCUCGAGUGCACACAGCUCUAAAAGACAUUUCGGACUUGGUGCCUCUUGCACCCUUGAGAUUAGAGCAAAUAGUUGUCCAAAAAAUGCAGAGAGUCUUUUUCAAGGAAUCUUUGACCACGAUAUAUGUGGAGAACAUGUUGAGGUUGGAAAAAAGUGCAAUGAGUGAAUUUGUUGGGAGAAAGAUCCUAACAGCACUGAUCGAUAAGCUUUUAGAUUUGGAUGUUGAGAUUGGAUGGGAUGAUAUCUUACAAGAUGAUUUCAGUAAAGGAAUUUUUGAGAUGGAACUUGAAGAUGAUGAUGAAAUUACAGAUGAUAUUAAUGAGGAUUCUGUUGAGUUUCCAAGAGAACUAAGCCGUAAGAGCUUAUGUGGAAAUGUAAUUGCUGAAACGUUGGAUAGCUUGAUCGUGCUAACAUUUGAACAUCUUGAAUCAUGUGAACUAGGUGGACGAUUGAACGAGGUUUUUGACAUUUUGCUCCUAUCAUUUCAAAGAACUGUUCUGACUGCUUACAAGUCUAAAUUUGCCCAGUUUGUGAUAUUCUAUGCUUGUGCACUAGAUCCUGAAGUUUGUGGUGCAAGAUUUGCGGUUACGCUAGCAGAUAUGUUUGUUUCCUGCAAUGAUCCUCCACUUACCAGGAUGAGUGCCAUUUCAUAUCUUGCGAGUUAUUUGUCUCGUGGGAAGUUUCUGUCAACCUCCUUGGUUACUACCAUAUUGAAAAGACUGGUGGACUGGUGUUUAGAAUAUUGCAAAACACGUGAUGGUGACCUAAACCCAAAGGCUCAUAAAGUAUUUUAUUCUGGUUGUCAGGCCAUUAUGUAUGUGCUUUGCUUCCGGAUGAGAUCGAUUUUGGAGAUCCCGCGGCUGAAGUCACAACUUCUGCUCAUGCCUAUAGGUCCAGUCUUGACACAUAGAUUAAAUCCUCUGAAGGUUUGCCUACCUUCUAUCGUUGAGGAAUUUCUUCGGCAGGCAAAAGUUGCUAAUUUAUUCACACCAUCAGAGACUUUUGUAUUUAAUGGUUUGCUGGAGUCUGAAUAUUCAAAGACUUUUGGUGGGAUGGAAAGGCUGGACAUGUUUUUCCCAUUUGAUCCUUGCCUAUUGAAAAGAUGCGACAGAUAUCUUCGGCCACAUUUUGUAUACUGGUCGAUGGUCAGACCUACCUAUGAUGAAGAUGAAGAAGACGAAGGUAGCAGUGACGAAGAUGUUGCCGAGGUUUUCCCGGAUAGGAUUGAGGAGAAUCUCAUGGACGAUGAAGCAAUGGCAAGAAGCUACGGGGAGCAAGAUUUUGAUAUCGAUGCAUUUGAUUCUGCAUUAAACAAAAUGUCAAUCACACCCAGAAAUUCUCUUCAGUACAGGCGAGAUCAUGUUCAAAUGCCCUCGCGAAUCCGACCCUCCAUGAGUCCAGAAUCUCUAUGAUAAAAUCAAAUCAUUUUGAAUACUUUCAACUGGAAUGCAAGUGAGAAUGGCGUGGCUGGCAUGUUUCCAUGGAGAUGUUUUUUUGCAAAGAUAGGUUGGGGGUCAUUAGGGAUUAUCUUAGUUAAUUUAUAAUGUUUUAAGGUGGGUUGGUAAUGGUGUUUGGGGUUCAAUUUUGUUUUCCCAGUCCUUUUUCUAGCUUUGCAGCAUUUCGGUUUCGGUUUCAGUUACAGCCCUCGCUUUUCUCGUCGCUCCGUGCUUGUAAUAGUAGUUAAUAGUAAGUGAGAUCAAAUACAACAAUUUUUUUUGUUCAUGUCUGCAUGAAAUAUAUAUGUGCUUAACUAGUUAGUAAAUUGUGUUAGCUUUUUCAUUCGA